AUGAUUGUUGGGGACACAGUGCACAGAAAGAUGGUGUUCCACCAAAGAGUUAAAGAUUUCGCGAUACCCUUCAAGAAAAGGAUAAAAUCUUUAACUUAUAUUGAUCCAGAAAAAAGAAUUAUCAAGGGUGUUGCUGCUAUGGACAAUGACUUUUCACACGCCAGCGCAAAUAUCACAGAUGGUGGCGUUGGUUUCUCAUAUGUCACGGUAAGGAUGAAGAGUCAAAGACAUCAUCCUUUGAACUUUGAGGUCGAAAUAUACGUG